UCGUGUUUUAUCGUCUCCCUCCGGAGCUAGUUGUUGCUCGUCCGAGGCUUGAACGGUGAUUGACUAUAAUGGCGACGCGUUUAUUCUGAGUUGAGUCCAUGGGACCAGCUCUGGCUCAACAAAGGGAACGUCUUGGACGGGUAUUCAGCGCCACGGACAUCAGGAAUAGGGAGAAGCUACCGCCAGAAGGAGGACAUUUACCUCGGCCACAGGGAGCCAGGAGCGCUUUAUCUCGGUAGCUUUGCUAUAGCUAGCGCCUCGGUUCGCUAGGCUGCUAAGUUGAAGAGGUGGUGGUAUUCUUCAGUGUGGACCAGAGGAGAGGGACAGGCAGCCUUCUGGCUACUGGGUGUCCGUCUAUGCUAACAAUGUGGCUACGCUGUGGGCUUUUGGGGUGAUUCGUUUCUUUUUCCCCGGAGGUAACAGUUAUAGUUUUCUGGAAGAGGAUCCAGCCACCUCCUUGGGUAGCUAACUUAGCCACUUAGCUGGCAGGCUAGCUUUGUGGAUUGUCCCAGCCUCUUUCCUGUUAGGACCUGCUCACCAUUCGGGGAAAAAAAAGCGUCUCCCCCGCGCACCCGUAGCUGGCUAGCCACGUCUACUCAGCUUUGUCAACAAAAAAUUAAGAACAAAUUGUCGUGGCGUCGCCGCCGGAACCUGUUUCGUAAAUGACCACCGGCAGGAAUAACCGGGCGAUGAUGGAAGGAGUCGGAGCGAGAGUGGUCCGCGGACCCGACUGGAAGUGGGGGAAGCAGGACGGUGGAGAGGGACAUGUUGGCACCGUGAGGAGUUUUGAAAGUCCCGAGGAGGUGGUGGUCGUCUGGGAUAAUGGGACCGCCGCCAACUACCGUUGUUCCGGGGCUUACGACGUGAGGAUAUUGGACAGUGCUCCGACAGGCAUCAAGCACGAUGGAACCAUGUGUGACACCUGCCGCCAACAGCCCAUCAUCGGUAUUCGCUGGAAAUGCGCGGAGUGCACCAAUUACGACCUCUGCACAACAUGUUACCAUGGAGACAAGCAUCACCUGAGACACCGGUUCUACAGGAUCACCACCCCGGGCAGCGAGAGAGUACUUUUGGAGUCACGUCGCAAGUCAAAGAAGAUCACGGCCAGAGGGAUCUUCACCGGAGGACGGGUUGUGAGAGGAGUGGACUGGCAAUGGGAAGACCAGGAUGGAGGCAAUGGGAGGAGAGGAAAGGUGACCGAGAUCCAGGACUGGAGCGCCGCCAGCCCUCACAGCGCCGCCUACGUGCUGUGGGACAACGGGGCCAAGAACCUGUACAGAGUUGGCUUUGAGGGAAUGUCGGAUCUGAAAUGUGUCCAGGAUGCCAAAGGAGGCUCGUUUUACAGGGAUCACUGUCCUGUUUUAGGUGAGCAGAAUGGCAACAGAAAUCCUGGCGGCCUUCAGAUCGGAGACCUGGUCAACAUCGAUCUGGAUCUGGAGAUCGUUCAGUCCCUCCAACACGGCCACGGGGGAUGGACCGACGGGAUGUUCGAGACCCUCACCACCACCGGCACAGUGUGCGGCAUAGACGAAGAUCACGACAUCGUGGUUCAGUACCCCAGCGGGAACAGGUGGACAUUCAACCCAGCGGUGCUGACGAAGGCCAACGUGGUGCGCAGCGGCGAGGUCGCGGCCGGCGCAGAAGGAGGCAGUUCUCAGUUCCUAGUCGGAGACCUGGUCCAGAUCUGCUACGACAUCGACCGCAUCAAGCUGCUACAGAGAGGCCACGGAGAGUGGGCCGAGGCGAUGCUGCCCACCCUGGGCAAGGUGGGCCGUGUGCAGCAGAUCUACUCUGACAGUGACCUGAAGGUGGAGGUUUGCGGGACGUCUUGGACGUACAAUCCUGCGGCCGUCACCAAGAUUGCCCCCUCCGGCUCUGCUGUCAGCAACGCCUCUGGAGAGCGUCUGUCUCAGUUGCUGAAGAAGCUGUUUGAGACUCAGGAGUCUGGAGACAUCAACGAGGAGCUGGUCAAGGCGGCGGCCAACGGGGACCUGACCAAAGUGGAGGACAUUCUUAAGAGGCCUGACGUAGAUGUGAACGGGCAGUGUGCUGGACACACCGCCAUGCAGGCAGCCAGUCAGAACGGUCACGUGGACGUCCUGAAGCUGCUGCUGAAACACAAUGUGGACUUGGAGGCUGAGGACAAAGAUGGAGACCGGGCGGUGCACCACGCGGCCUUCGGCGACGAGGGCUCUGUCAUCGAGGUGCUGCAGAGGGGCGGUGCCGACUUAAACGCCAGGAACAAGCGGAGGCAGACACCAUUACACAUAGCCGUCAACAAAGGCCACCUACAAGUGGUUAAAACCCUGUUGGACUUUGGCUGCCACCCCAGCCUCCAGGAUUCAGAGGGGGACACACCUCUGCACGAUGCCAUUAGCAAGAAGAGAGAUGACAUGCUGUCAGUGCUGCUGGAGGCCGGCGCUGACGUCACCAUCACCAACAAUAACGGGUUCAAUGCCUUGCAUCAUGCUGCCCUGCGAGGAAACCCCAGUGCCAUGCGUGUGCUGCUAUCCAAAUUGCCGAGGCCUUGGAUCGUGGACGAGAAGAAGGACGACGGUUACACCGCACUGCACCUGGCCGCCCUCAACAACCACGUGGAGGUGGCGGAGCUUUUGGUGCACCAGGGCAGCGCCAGCUUAGACAUUCAGAAUGUCAACCAGCAGACGGCGUUACACCUGGCAGUGGAGCGCCAACACACCCAGAUAGUUCGGUUGCUGGUGCGGGCUGAGGCCAAGCUCGACGUGCAGGACAAGGAUGGGGACACACCUCUCCACGAGGCACUGCGUCACCACACACUGUCCCAAUUGCGGCAACUCCAAGACAUGCAGGAUGUCAGCAAAGUGGAGCCCUGGGAACCCUCUAAGAACACAUUAAUCAUGGGCUUGGGCACCCAGGGGGCGGAGAAGAAGAGCGCGGCAUCCAUCGCCUGCUUCCUGGCAGCUAACGGAGCAGACUUGACCAUUCGUAACAAAAAGGGCCAGUCCCCUCUGGACCUGUGUCCCGACCCCAGCCUCUGUAAGGCUUUGGCCAAAUGUCACAAGGAAAAGAGCAGCGGCCAGGUGGGCACCCGCAGCCCGUCCCUGAACAGCAACAUCGAGUCGCUGGAGGAGUGCAUGGUGUGCUCCGACAUGAAGAGGGACACUCUGUUCGGGCCGUGCGGACACAUCGCCACCUGCUCCCUCUGCUCGCCGCGCGUCAAGAAGUGUCUCAUCUGCAAAGAGCAAGUGCAGUCGAGAACGAAGAUUGAGGAGUGCGUAGUUUGCUCUGACAAAAAGGCAGCCGUGUUGUUCCAGCCCUGUGGUCACAUGUGCGCUUGUGAGAACUGUGCCAGCCUCAUGAAGAAGUGCGUACAGUGCCGGGCUGUGGUGGAACGCCGCACCCCCUUCGUCCUCUGCUGCGGAGGGAAAGGUAUGGAGGAUGAUGCCGCUGAUGAUGAUGAUGAUGAUGAUGAUGAUGACCUUACAGGGAGCUCUAACUCUAUGGCAGGGGGGUCGCAGGAUCUUCUCCAGCCCAACAAUCUGGCACUCAGUUGGUCCAGUGGAAACAUCCCGGCCCUGCAGAGAGACAAGGACAACACUAACGUCAACGCGGACGUACAGAAGCUGCAGCAACAGCUCCAGGACAUCAAAGAACAGACGAUGUGUCCGGUGUGUCUGGACCGGCUCAAGAACAUGAUCUUCAUGUGCGGCCACGGCACCUGCCAGCUGUGCGGGGACCGGAUGAGCGAGUGCCCCAUCUGCCGCAAGGCCAUCGAGCGCCGCAUCCUCCUCUACUAGACCUCCCGGCAGACUCCAUCUCCUCUCUCAAAGCCCACGCUGACCACGCCCGCGACGCCCACAUCCAUACCAGCUGCUGCUGCUGCUGCUGCUGCUGCUGCUGCUGCUGUCAUCCUCACAGCAACCCAGUCAGCCGGCCAUGUCUUAUUACGCUCCACAGAUGCUCUCUUAAUGGCUUGUGUUCCGGUGGAAUUCCUGUUACGAAGCAGCGAAACAUUUAAUUUGACUUUAAUAUUUGUUUUCUCUGUCAUUGUUUCCUUUUUUUUCUCCCCCCGAUCCACUUUUCUAUGUAGCUUUCUCUGUAUUUACCUGACUUUUUUUUCCUCUGCGUGCCUCGGAUGUGAACUUAAGGGGGGCGAACACCGUCUCUGGGUGUCGGCAAUUUCAUAAAGUGUGGCAGAGAUGAGGUGGGCCUGCUACCUUUUUUUUUUUUUUUUUUUUUUGAUGUAAAGUUCUCAUGCAUCUGUCGGUGCCAGCUGCAGUCAACGUUUGAUCGUAUUUGUAAAUCUUUAUGCAAGUGUAUCGUAUCAGAAGCUCCAGAUGUGGAUUUUUAAGUGCUUAACUUUUCGAGAGAGAGAGAGACUAUGGUUUGAGACACGGUGUCGUUUGCACCAUUUGAAAGUUUUUUUUUGUUGUUUUUUUUCCCCCCCCUGCUUUCUGUCUGCGUUCAGUCCGGCCCUUUUUGUACGCAGGCCGCGCUUCUAGUCGGAGACCAAAUGUUGGCAGGUUUGCACUAGAAAAGCUGAGUCAGGGUGAGAAAACGCGCCGACUUCCGGAGGUUCCACCUCAGCUCAGCGACUGACUGGUCACAGAUACAGUAGCCUGACUGCCGGGUAGCACGCCACGCCUGCACUUUGUUUACCGAGCUGUAACUGCGGCGGUGUCGCAACACCCGUUUGGCUGCAGCUUUAAGAGCUGCCGUGUUGCAAUUCAAGACAAAAAAAAAAACAAAAAACACACACACUCGGCCUCUGUCCGGUGAGCCCCCGUCGAUACUGUCUCAACCCCUCACGAUGCAAACGUCUCUGUCACAAGAGUCUCAACUGUCGCAACUCGAUGUUAAGCCGCCGAGACUCGGGCGGCGUUGUCUAAAACAGAAAAUGAAGCGCGUGUGCUAAUUUACCAUUGACUGUGCCAUCUGCUUCCAAAAAUCUACUCGUUAAAUAACUUAAGGGGAUAAGGUGCUCUUUAUCUUGUAUUACAUUUUUUUUUAUUUAACGUUUUUUUUUCCUCCUUUUUUUUUUUCCUCAAAAAAUCAACAUUUACUGAGCUAGAGAGUACAAUCUAUUAGAAGAUGAAAAUGUAGAAUAAGUUAUUUUAUAUAUUGCUGCCCAAAACGAUAGGAUUUGUAGGUAUCACUGCCUUCCUAUAAUGUAGCCUCAAAAUCUCUCAGACGUUCAGCUUUUGGUAUUCGGUUUGUGAUGUUUUCUGUUUCGUUUCGCGAUAGCUUUCUAGCAAUCACCAGUAGAAGCUUUAUAUUAUUAUUAUUAUUAUUAUUAUUAUUAUUUUAUUUUAUUUUUCCUCUGUCUAACUUGUUCAUUUUGUGAAACGGAAAAAAAAACAAAAAAACAAACAAAACAAAUACAUUUUGUUGUUAAAAAGUGUCAAGUAUCUUUUCACCAGUGUUUUAUUUGGGAGGAGAGCUAACGGUUUUCUAAGACGGAUCUUGCCUUACCUCUUUUAAAAGGCCCGAAGUGGAGACUCAGUAAAGUGGCUAGCUUGCUCAGCUAUGUGGGAAUUUGCAACCGCAUACAAGCAUUGUGUGUGUUUUUUUUUUUUGUUUGUUUGUUUUUUUUUAGGACUGACAAAAGAAACAACAAAAAACGUAAAAAAAAAAAUUUAAAAAAAGACUUUUGAGUACAGUUUUGAUUCUUUUCACUGAUCACAAUAACACUAAGCUAGAAGCACUAAUACGCUUUAUGGUAAUGUCGUCUUGUUAUGGUUGUUACAAAAAAAAAAAGCCUAUUUUGUACUUUAUUUUGAAUACCUGUAACUGUCCUGUUAGAUGCGUAUCAGUAGUGUUUUCCUUGGCAUGAAUGUUUGACAUAUGCACUACGACAUGUAUCAUUAAAAAAAAAAUGUUCGGUCUGUAUUGCUUAUUAAGUGCUUUUAAAACAACCAUAUAGUUGAAAUAAAGUUCUAAAUGAACCAUGAGACAUUAAA